UGCGUACAACGGAAAACGGAAGUGCGAUUUUUUUUUCAGCACAACAGGCGAAGUUUGCGCUCGCUUGGUUUUUGAGUUUCCUUUUGUUUAUUUGACGCUUUGUGUGACCGGUGAUGUUUGUUUAGCUACGUUAAGGAUUCGGACGAUAUAAUUGCUUAACAAUGGCCAAAGAAAAGCGACACAGAAGAAGAGAGUCUCCGGAGAGGGAGCCUAAAGUGAAGGUAAAGCAGGAGAAACUAAGCCCCGUUGACGCUAGGCCGCAGAGAUCACGUCGGUCCAGGUCGAGGUCUAGUGGCAAUUCAAGUCCACAAAGAAGAAGAACAAGCAGAUCACCUGUCAGGACAAGGGAUCGCUCACCGGGCAGGAGAGCAUCAUCUCCUGCUAGACGAGGCAGCAGAUCGCCCAGAAACCGGAGAAGCCGAAGUCCUGCGCGUGGGGCUGAUGUAAAAAUAAAGCGGGAGCGGGAUGAGCAUCGGGCCAGUGGUGAUGAGCGGAGGAGAAGAAAUGAACAGCCAGAGGAGAGACGUAGCAGGUGGGAGACCGACAGACCCAAAGACAGAGACCGUGGCGGAGACAGACACAGAGAACGGGACGCACUUGCCUCCCAACAAGCUGAGCGACAGCAACAUGAUGAGCGUCGCAGAGAAAAUCGUCAGCGCCGUGAAGAAAACCAAGAACAUGAUUUUGGGCACUCUGAAGAAGGGCACGAUGACACAACAGCUCCUCCUGCUGAUAAGGAGAAGCCCAACUUCGAACUGUCAGGGGCGCUUACAGAAGACACAAACACAUUCCGAGGCGUGGUGAUCAAGUACAAUGAGCCCCCUGAAGCUCGCAUUCCCAAGCGAAGGUGGCGACUAUACCCUUUCAAAAAUGAUGAACCUCUCCCAGUCAUGUACAUUCACAGACAGAGCGCAUAUCUGUUGGGACGACAGAGAAAAAUAGCAGAUAUCCCCAUCGACCACCCAUCCUGCUCCAAGCAACAUGCAGUAUUUCAGUAUAGGCUGGUGGAGUUCACACGUUCUGAUGGCACCGCUGGUCGCAGGGUAAAGCCUUACAUAAUCGACCUGGCUUCUGGCAACGGCACCUACCUGAACAACCAGCGCAUUGAGUCCCAGCGCUAUUAUGAACUCAAAGAGAAGGAUGUUCUCAAGUUUGGCUUCAGUAGCCGUGAGUAUGUUCUCCUCCAUGAAUUCUCUGACACCAGUGAGGUGGAUGCCAAGGAGGAAGAGGAUGACGAAGGCCUUGAUGCGUAAAUCACACAUUCUAUAAAGUCAUCAGACAAAAUAAUGUAAUUUUCAGUGAUUUCAAAAGACAUCAGUUUCUGGAGGGGAUCGAAUUAGAAAAUAACUGAUAAAUGUAGGACUGAAAAUGGUGUCAAAUUAAAGGAGCAACACUGCUUUGUACAUUCUGUAACUAUUGGAUUAUUGCUUUAACCUGCCAUAACUGUCUCAAAGGGGACUUUUUCUCAGGUUGGUCUUUGUGAUGCAUGACUAAUCUUUCUUCUGACAGUGCUUACAAUAAAAACAGUGCUCCGUGUCAGAGAAAAAAUUCUUGCUAAGCAGUUAAGUAUAUAUAUUUUCAAAAACAGCACUGAGUUCAAAGUGUAGCUGCAGACCCGUGUCUAAGUCCAGGCUGUAUAUGUUGAUGUACACAUGAUGAUGUGGAAUGUGAUCUCUAGACUCGUGUUUAAAUAAGCUUUGCUUAUUGUAAGAGUACUCCUACAUGAAUAUAUAUCGCCUUUUUGCUUUGUAGUGAAGGGAAUAUAGCUGAUGGUAUUGUGUAAGCAAAGACUUCCACUUUUAUUUUUGUCUUUUCAGAGGCUCACAGGAUUUAUAGUAAACUUCAAUUUUGUAUUGUAAAUAAAAAAUCUUUGUCUCGAA